UCAAAAGCGAUGUCGAACUGGAGCCGGUAAUACCCUUUCACGAGUAAUCCCAUUUGCUAUUGUGAUCGUCCAAUAGCAGAAUGCCCUCCGCUUGUUAAGCAUUUGACUUAACUUGGAUUUUUCUUUAGCCUACUACAGCGCCCGCUUCUCUCUGUACUGGCGGCGUGGACGCACGAAGGAUUUCAUCUAAGCGAUGGUUGAGCGGGGAUAUCCGGAGAGAAAGGAUUCGUUGCUCUUUGCUUAGAAGUAUUCGCGAAUCCUCCGCCGAUUGCUGUAACUGGUAUUUUUGUACGAGAAAUGCAUGACAAAAGCCAACAACAGCAUACUUCCACCACAUCCAGGGGCUCGUCAUUUUUUAUUGAGAAUUUACUUGGCUCUUGUCGGACAGAAAAGUCUGUCCGUCUUAUAAAGGACAACGAUGGCAUGGACAGAGAAAUUGUUAAGGGCAGCACUAAGGCGUAUCGGAAAGAAAUGUGCAGUCAAGCAUCAAGUACAUGCUUCAAGACAGAGAUGUGUCGGAGCACACAAUCACCUCUGGAGUGGUUUGGACGGGAAACCCUUGAGAGUCCAAGAGAGGAAACCCGCAAUUCCAGUGAACAUUGCCGCAGCGACAGGGACACCCCCGUGGCCUCUGAGCUUCUUGAUGGAGCAGUAGACCGAAAAACGAGCGAGUGUGUGGUUGACGAGGGUGAGGACGCUCGACAGCUCUUCGAUGAACGUUCAGGUCCCGACACUUCCGAGCCAGGCUCGGCCCGGAAGAAAAAGACCCGAACUGUGUUCAGCAGAAGCCAAGUCUUCCAGCUAGAAUCCACUUUCGACAUGAAGAGAUACCUUAGUAGUUCUGAGCGCGCGGGUCUCGCGGCCUCCCUGCACCUGACAGAGACUCAAGUGAAGAUCUGGUUCCAGAACCGCCGAAACAAAUGGAAAAGACAGUUGGCCGCGGAUUUAGAGGCUGUUAAUUUUAACCACAACUCCCAACGGAUUGUACGGGUGCCCAUCUUGUACCACGAUAAAACGACACCCAUGUCGACACUCAGUUUUAACGUGUCUCCAGUCUCGCCACCAAUCAUGGGCUUCUCAAAUUCAGUGAACUAUCCGUUAUCGUCCUUUGCUCAUUCAAUGAAUUUAAUAACAUCGCAGAUGACAGGCCUUGUCUGAUCUUGGGAGACUGACAGUAUAUUGACAAUAGUGGCCCAAUGACAAUUAUCAUUAAUGAUUUUGAAUGGUGCAAUAACUUAUCAUGCAACUUCAGUAUAAUGUCUGCUCCAUCCAAAGAAAAGAAAACACUCAUCACAAGAUCUCGAGAGAGACAAGUUUGUGUUAAUUGCCACUGUUAUGUCUAUAAUAUAUAGUCUUCUGUGCAUGGAGGCCCUCACCUGUAUGCAAAAUAAGGGCAACACUUGCUUUGUGCAAAUAUAUUUUUAUUCAGAACCACCGAUUUAUAAGUUGUCACUUUUUCACAUUAUAAAAUUAAAUAA